GCUAACCAGCUGACACCUUGCUAAAUUAGCCACCACGCUAGCACCGCACUGCCGCUCCCUUUUCACCAAAUAAUACAUUUUUACCCUUAAAACCCCCCUCCUACGUGUCCGACACAGACGGUAGGGAGCUUAUGAACACGCUUUAUGGCGUUAAAUCGGGCAUGGCGCUUGCGUUUAGACGCGUUGAUAGCUAAUUAGCAUUUAGGCUAGCCGGCUAGCGAGUUCGCUAGGGAACUUCCAAGUUUUGCGAGGCGCCGCAGCUGCUUUUCCAGCCAUGGGAAUACUUUUCACUAAGUUAUGGAGACUGUUUAACCAUCAAGAGCACAAAGUCAUCAUUGUCGGCUUGGACAACGCGGGCAAGACCACCAUUCUUUACCAGUUCUCCAUGAAUGAGGUGGUGCAUACGUCACCCACCAUCGGCAGCAACGUAGAGGAGAUUGUGGUUAACAACACGCACUUCCUCAUGUGGGACAUCGGCGGCCAGGAGUCACUGAGGUCCUCGUGGAACACCUACUACACUAACACAGAGUUUGUGAUCGUGGUGGUGGACAGCACCGACCGGGAAAGAAUUUCAGUGACCAAAGAAGAGCUCUAUAGGAUGCUGGCGCAUGAAGAUCUGAGGAAGGCUGGGCUCCUGGUGUUCGCCAAUAAGCAGGACGUGAAGGGCUGCAUGUCGAUGGCCGACAUCUCGCACAGCCUGCAGCUCACCGCCAUCAAAGACCACCAGUGGCACAUCCAAGCCUGCUGUGCCCUCACCGGAGAGGGCUUGUGUCAGGGGCUCGAGUGGAUGAUGUCACGGUUGCGUGUCAGAUGAUGGCCUCUUAACCUUCAUGUAUCCUCGCUCCAGGACUCAGAUGAUGAGGAGGAGGAGGCUUGGCUUGAGCAUUUUUCCCCAAUCAAGCUUUUUUGAGGACCUUCUUAUGUCUUGUGUGAUAAUUUAUUGGACCGAAGACUUUAUUUAAAGUGCACGUUUUUUUUUCUUUCAACAAGAUGAAGGUCCUCUUGUGCAGUCCCCACGGGCUUGAAGCAGUAUUACCGGACCAGGGACGAUGCUUCCGGUCCAGUAUUGUUUUAACACUGUGCCUGUAGCAACAUGGACGCUUGGUGUGAUGAUGACG